UGUUUCUGUUAUGAGAACUCUGACAAUAAACUGCACAGUAAACUACUGUGAAGAAGAACCUGAAGUGACGUGGUGUAAAAUACUUGGGAGUGACUGCAAACCACUGAAUGCAAGAGUUGAAACUUCUUGGAAUCAACCAAGCAUCCAUUCAGCUGUCUCUUCCCUCACUUUCUUCAAUAUCUCCUUGAAUGAUAGCGGACAGUAUCGAUGCAAGGCUGUCGAUGUCCGGGGGAUUAGCAGUGUGGGGCAUUCUAUUACUGUUAAUGUCUCACAACCAUAUCCAUGUGAUACUGAAAUUGUUCGCUGCGAUUAUUUUAGAAAUGUUUCUGCUUUGCCAUCACUGACAAUAUAUUGCAAAGUAAAAUACACUGAACAACAACCCAGUUUUACAUGGUGUAAGCAACAAAGGGACACCUGCACUUCAAUGGAUGAUACAGGCAGAACUGAAAUAGGCUGGCAUCAAUUGAACAAACAUGCAGGAAUAUCUUCUUGCACUUUAUACAAUAUCACUUCAAAUGAUGCUGGGUAUUAUUGGUGUAAAGCUUCAGUAAAUCACCCUUGUGAAGCACAAAGCAAGUGGAGUCAUUCUAUUGCAGUAUCUGUUUCAGAAAUAAAUCCAACUGCAACUGAAGAUUGUAUACCGGGGUCUCAUCAUGAAGUACUUACCAUCCUGCUGACCAUUGGCCGCUUUGUCCUGAUGAUUGUUUUUGCUGCAGCCUUUGUCAUGCUUGUAGUUUACGAGUUUCAGAAGUUGAAAGGGAAACAAAAUGAACAGAAACAGGAUCAGGAAAUGACUGGGAUCCCUACAGAUGAUGCUGGUGGCCAAGAACCGGUCUCUGAACGUCAACAGGAUACAACUAAAGUAGCUUCUGACUCUGAUGAAUAUGAAAAUGAGCCUGUUUAACUACAGGGUUCUUCUUAUGAAAUCAGUAAUGCAUAUUUAGUUCACAUUAAUUAAUAAGUAAUUAAUAAGUAAUAGCAUUGUUAUUAAUGGAACAUACACUAAAAUUGCUUACAAUGCUUACAUUUAAAUUCA